GAUACAUUUACACAUUCAGUUUGCAAAAUGUCGCCUCGUCGUGUUAUUUGGAGUAUAAUUUCUUGCUCUUUCCUCAUACUUGCCAUCAGAGGGCAGGGAAUGAUAGGCACAGGAAAGUGGACAUUGGUGGUAGCUCAAAAUUGUUCGAGAGACGCGGAGAUGCCCCACAAGAUGUAUAUGCACAAACACAAGCUCAAUCGCACACACGUCUCGUACGAUCUCGGCGCGACUAUUCCAGAAGUCAUCGACAACCGUAUUGCUGUUCGCGUAGAUAUAAAAAGGAAAGUGGACGGGGCAUGGAAACAGUACAUGAUCUGGGCUGAUGACUGCCUCCCAUGCGCGUGUAAACAGUUUGCGGGAAAAAACAUGAAGAGAGGGUUCGAAGCCGCUGGAAUAGAUCCCCCAGACUUCCCUAUUCCUAAAGGACGAUAUGACGUCCAUCAGUUCAUCGUGGAUGCGAACGGGCUUCCCAAAUUCGGCAUGUAUGGGGAAUGGCUUGCGGACGCAUACGUAGUGAAGGACGGAAAGGAUAUGGCUUGCCAGCAGGUAGUGAUGACGUACGAAAAGACGGAUUUCUAUUAACCCGUGGAGCGUAUAGUAUCACACAUGUGAUACUUAUUCAAUGAGGGUGUCUGCGAGCGAGAUUUUCACUAGAUGGCAGCACCGUGACGAGAGGUCUUUUUGACAGCUGCUGUCAAAAUCCACCAAUAAAAAAACAUGCUUACACAUGAUUGGUGGAUUAUGACAGCUAGACCUCUCGCCACGGUGCUGUCAUCUAUAGUCCGUUUUUGUUUAGCAUUAGAAAGAACUUCGCAGAAGUAAGCUUGUGGUUCCAAAUCCGGCACUUUUAGCGGUAAUAAUUUGAAGUAAAUUAUAUGUAUUGACCAUGCUACAUUAGAUAAUUCAAUAAUUAUUAACAAAUAACGAGCCUGAUAAAAACUGCACGCUUACUUCUGUGGAGUUCUUUCUAAUGCUAAAAAAACGAACUAUAGUGAAAAACACGAUCGGGGAAACCCUUAUUUGGGUUAUAGCGACACAGUAUCAGACGUAUGGAACUUGCUAUGUAAACAAACCGCCAUAUUGAAAUUUUCUCUGAAUGAUGAAUUUACUAGUGACUUAUUCUGUUUACAUAGUUAGCAUUAGCAAGUUCCAUAGAAUGACUCUUUACAGAUCAAUAUGGGUCAAAUUGCUUUGCAUCACUUGUUGUAUUGUGGUCUUUCGACGGAUUAAAUUCGAGAACAGUGGACGACCGCUUCUACGAUACAUACAAAUGUAGACCCCAUUUUCCUCUCAGGUUCUUGAUGUUAGAGAAAAGAGAUUUACACAAUUUGAUUUAUGUCAACCGUAGCUAUAGACUCUAUAGAGCAUACCCCUUUGGUUUGACUUUUUCAUUUUUUUUUAAUAAUUUUUUUUUUAUUAUUUAUUCAGAACACAUACAGUCAUAUAAGAUACAUAUGUUAGAGGUGCGUAAUACGCACAUAAAUCUUAAUACUAAAAAGACCUGGAGGUUCAUCGGGGGGCACGGCAGUGCCCCCGCCAAGUCGAGCGCGAAGCAAACACUGCCGUACCAUAUUUACUGGAACCAUUUCGCCGCAUUUUCAGGCCCCUAUUUGAGAACCUCUGGAUAAGACCAGAACGAAGAAAUUUUGGUCAUCCAGUAAGCUAUAAUCACAUACUUAAAAUCCAAAAUUUCAAGUCUGUAGGUCAUUUAGUUCCGAAGUUAAGCGAAAGCAAAGUUUCGCAUUUAUGAAACUCACUCAUGAUCAUCAGAAUAGAACUAGUACUUCCCAUAAACUCAGAGAGCUGAAAUUUGGUACAGAGUUAGGGUUUAAUGGCCACAUAAAGGGAAAACCUAAAAAUAUUGCAAUAUCAGUCACGUUUUAAAGAUCUAAGAACUGCAUAAGUAAGUUUGUAAUCCCAUAUAAAUAUAUGAUAUUACAAAGUUACUGUUGCAGUUCCUACAAAUAGUAGGUAAAGGUACACUACGAUGUACGAUGCAGUGCCAGGGGGUUUCUACAAAAAGAAGUGAAAUCCCACCAAAAACAUUCUGUAAAAAACUAGCCAAGUCUCGAUGGAGCUGCUUGUUUAUCUCUAAAAAGUAAUGAAAUCUAGACAAAGUCGUGCCAAGUCUAAGGUUCCUUACUGCGAUUUCUUUAUUAUUAUUAUAGUUAAUGUUGUGUGACUUGGCCGUUGAAGGGUACACAAGGGUACAAAACCAGGUGCUCCAUGACACCAUUGCACCAAUCUGUCGCCAGAACCGCUACCCAUUGACGAUGGAAAAUUGCCACUUGGAAAACGUUGAUUCAAUAACCAGUCAAUUGUAGGCUUGAUAAAGCUGCGUAUUUCAAUAAUACUUAUGUAUGGGCGAGCCUGAAACAAACACUUGUUUUUGGUGCAAUGGCAGAUUGGUGCAAUGGUGGCAUGGAGCACCUGGUUUUGUACCCUUGUGUACCCUUCAACGGCCAAGUCACACAACAUUAACUAUAAUAAUAAUAAAGAAAUCGCAGUAAGGAACCUUAGACUUGGCACGACUUUGUCUAGAUUUCAUUACUUUUUAGAGAUAAACAAGCAGCUCCAUCGAGACUUGGCUAGUUUUUUACAGAAUGUUUUUGGUGGGAUAAAAUAUACAUGUAACUGAAAAUUGGUAUACAAUAGGUACAAGCAUAAGCCCAAGGUAGGAUACAUACAACAAGAAGCAAGAAUAACUCAUUAAUACUUACAGCAAAAAGUCGGAAUAAUAAUAAUAAUUACAGCGAGGGUCAAGAAAAGAAAUAUAGAAUUCUGAAAAUAGGAAGCGUAGUACAGUAAAAUAGAUAAAAAUCAAGGAACAAUAGCUAUCAAAAUAAAAUCUCAGAGAGUAGGUAGUUACAGCAAUAAUAUUUUUUCCUUUAACAUGAUUUUAAGUGUAGUAAGUGAUUUGUGAAAGGGAUCAAUCCUGCCUAGAUGUCUAUUACAAUAGUUGGGCACUCGUCUGAAAAACGUAUGCUGCGCAUAUUUCUUGCGAAUAUUAUUAAAGUUAUGAGCAAAAACUAAUUACGUAAUUUAAACAAUAAAAAAGCAACAAAUGAGAGUGCUGGUAUUAGUAUGUAAUUGUGUCAUAAUAUCACCUCAUCACCUACUAGGUAUUAAGAAACCCCAUCAUCAAUUAGAAGCAGUAUUGUAAUAUCAUUAUAAACUAUCAUUGUGUUUGUAAUCGAUUAAAAUGUGUUCUUUAUUUCA